AUGUCAAGUUCAAAGGGCCCCGCCCCGGGCAAUGACGUUACUACUCGCGAUACAGCCCCACCAUCGCAGCAACCAUACGAGUCUUCAAGCUCGCGGCCAAACGUCGAUAAUGCACACAUCAGCAACAUAACGUCACCAGCCGUUGAGGAGCCUCCCCCUGCAUACAGCGAACUUCCAGGCCAAGUCGAAAACGAAGAGCUGGGAACAAAUGCCGUUGUAGCGGAUGAUGGACGUGUGAAUAUUCGAAUAGACCAAAAGAGCCACACCCUUUCGCAACUCAUUCUUCCACAAAUCCAACGUCAGCUUACGCAUGCGCAAGAAGACCCUGAGCCUCCUCCGCCUUACAUUCCAGAGUUUCUUGGCGGUGCGCCAGGCCAACAGCCACCACCUCCACUCAACCUCGUCAUACAGGUUGUGGGGUCGCGAGGCGAUGUUCAGCCCUUUGUUGCCCUUGGCAAAGUACUCAAGGAGACGUAUGGUCACCGAGUACGAUUAGCAACACAUCCAACGUUCAAGGAAUUUGUAGCCGAAAAUGGACUCGAGUUUUUCAGCAUCGGCGGUGACCCGGCUGAGCUCAUGGCCUUUAUGGUGAAGAAUCCGGGUUUGAUGCCAGGCUUUGAUACAUUGCGCAGCGGUGACAUUGGCAAGAGAAGGAAAGGCAUCGCAGAGAUUCUGAGUGGAACAUGGAGAUCCUGCAUAGAGACCGGCAAUGGUCUUGGUGUGGAUCCUCUCCAGCAAACAGUGGAAGAGUGGAUGGGCAUAGAAGAGCAGCUACCAGAGCAGCUUCGAAAACCGUUUGUUGCCGAUGCCAUCAUUGCGAAUCCCCCAAGCUUCGGGCACAUACAUUGCGCUGAAAAGCUAGGGAUCCCACUACAUAUGAUGUUCACCAUGCCGUGGUCACCUACACAACAAUUCCCACAUCCACUCGCCAACAUCCAGUCUACAAAUGCGGACGCUACAAUUACGAACUACAUGUCAUAUAUCAUGGUUGAUGUCCUGACCUGGCAAGGUCUUGGAGAUGUCAUCAACAGAUUUCGCAAAGAUAGUCUUCGCUUGGAUCCAAUCAGCGCUGUCUGGGCGCCAGCUAUGCUUGCAAGACUCAGAAUUCCCUUUACGUACUGUUGGUCACCAGCACUGAUUCCGAAACCAAGAGACUGGAAUCACCACAUCUCGGUCGCAGGCUUCUACUUCCUCAACCUUGCUUCCAAUUACACGCCAGACCCGGAUCUUGCAUCGUUUCUCGAUGCAGGAGAGCCUCCUGUAUAUAUCGGAUUUGGCUCAAUCGUAGUAGAUGACCCAAAUGCCAUGACCAAGAUGAUUUUCGACGCCGUCAAGAUUACUGGAAAACGAGCACUAGUGUCUAAGGGCUGGGGUGGUCUUGGAGCUGACGAUAUUGGAAAGCCUGAUGGUGUGUUCAUGCUUGGAAACUGCCCCCACGAUUGGCUAUUCAAACGCGUCUCGGCUGUUGUACACCAUGGCGGUGCUGGUACCACAGCAGCUGGUAUUGCUACUGGAAAACCUACAGUUGUCGUACCCUUUUUUGGAGACCAGCCCUUUUGGGGAGCCAUGGUAGCACGUGCCGGUGCAGGGCCUGACCCCAUUCCCUACAAGGACCUCACUGCGGAGAAACUCGCUGCGGCUAUCAUGGAGGCGCUGAAGCCGGAAACACUCGACCGGGCGCAGGAACUUUGCGACAAGAUCAAGCAGGAGAAUGGAACUCAGAGUGGCGCUCAAUCCUUCCACCAGAUGCUCAAUUAUGAUGACUUGCGAUGCGCAGUCAAGCCAAGCCAACCCGCUGUAUGGAGAGUCAAACGCACAGAGGUCAAGUUGAGCGCCGUAGCAGCUACGGUACUGGCUCAAGAAGGUGAAAUCAAUUUCUCCGAGAUGAAGCUCUUCCGUCCUCGUGAAUACGUUCCGGAUGAAGGUCCUUGGGACCCGAUUACUGGUGCCGCGGGAGCUUUGAUGGGAACGGCAACUUCAAUGAUGAUGGGUGUUGCCGACAUGCCUAUCCAGACCCUUAAACUUCUGCACAUACACCCCGAUAGCAGGUCUAAGAAGGGUAAACAAAAAGCAGCAGGAGGCGAAUCCACUUCUCAAAGCAAUGGGAAUGACAGUGGAAGCAUGGCAAGAAGUGUGGUAGCUGAGACUGAACGUCCGAGUCGAAGCGGAAACACGACGCCUACAGCAGCUGAUGCCGCUGCCGAGCUGGCAAGGAUCCAAGCCAGUAACCCGGCAGUCAAAAGUCCAGGCUCACCCGGUUCGCGUUCGCGCUCUAGAGAGCGUGUUGGCUCCAACGCGGGAUCGCGCUCGGUCGCCGCUUGUAGUAGCGGACAACGACCUGGAAUAACGGAGAAUAUCGAGUCUACUGUAGAUACUGGAAAGGGUUUGGCACGCAUUAUCAGUGCUGGGGUUAAGUCACCUAUGGACUUUUCACUGAACGUUGCCAAGGGGCUCCAUAACGUACCGAAACUUUAUGGAGCAGAGGUUCGGCAGGUUGACAAGGUCACUGACUUUCAAAGUGGCAUGCGCACAGCUGCAAAGGAAUUCGGGUAUGGGUUGUACGAUGGCAUCACAGGUCUCGUAACCGAUCCAUACAAAGGUGCCAAGAAGGAAGGCGGUAUCGGCUUCGUCAAAGGAGUUGGUCAGGGUAUCAUGAGCCUGCCAUUCCGUGUAAUGGGCGGUGCAUGGGCAGUACCUGGUUACGCAAUGAAGGGCCUUUAUCAGGAAGCGGUCAAGAACAAGGGACAGAAUGUGCAGAACUAUAUCAUCGCUGCACGGAUUGCACAGGGCUAUGAGGAAGCCUCAACAAUUUCUCAGAAGGAGCGAGAUGAAAUCAUUGCGAGAUGGAAGGGUAUGAAGGGCACCAUCAAGAAGAAGAGGAACGUUGGUGCUGAGCAAAUGGACUCGCUACAUUCACUCGUGCAGCAAAAGAGAGACCGGAAGAAUGAGCGGACGGCAAGGCUCACUUCACAUGCCAAUGAUACCGGCGGUCAGCCUCUUAUUCAGAGUAAUCUGGCUCAGCAAGAUAGUCUCUUGAGCCAGUAUCCUGUUCCGCCUAGAAGGCAGGAUGUUGAACCCGAAAUCCGGUCUACAAUUCCCAGCUGGCGCCAACAGGAAGCUGAGAGAACACGCGCUCUCCGGCGACAGGGCACGUCUACUACUGGAAGUCAGAUAACCGCCCCGCCUGAGCAGACACAAGCCGAACUCGAGGCGCAACUCAAGGCCGAAGAGGAAGAGGACCAGCGUGAACUAGAACGAGCAAUCGCAGCCUCUGUCGCUGAAGCAUCUCGCGGCAACCCCGAAGAAGACCAGUUGAUCGCAUCAGCCAUCCGCGCCUCAAUCGCCGAACUUGAGCGAACCGAUCCAUGCACUAAUCCCACCCAACAAGAAGAAGAGGAAGCAAUCCACCGCGCCAUGGUGGCUAGCAUGUCGGAAGCCGGUAAAAAGGACGUGACGGAAGAAGAGCAAAAGAUGCUCGAAGAGACAUUACGCCGCAGUCUUCUCGAAACAAAAUUGCCCCGCAAGCACGGCAGCGACUCAGAAUGGGAUUCAAACUCUGAUGAUACGGACCAAGACGAAGAUUACCAACGCAUCAUCGCAGAGUCAAAAGAGCUCGCCCAUCUUCAUGCUAACUACCCAGAAGACUACGCUCAUACCGCGCACCUUGCACAACUUGCAAAGCAGCAAACAGGUGUUGUGGGUAGCAUUGACAGCCCCGUAGAUGGCCAAAGUACCCGCUUGGGCAGUAUGAGGACAGGUAAAACUGAUCGCACUUCUCACAUUCCUGAUGAAGACGAAGACGAAGAAAUGAAGCGCAUACUGCGUGAAAGCGAGCAAGCCGAGCACGAACGCGCGGAGAAUGCAGCGAAGCAAAAGACAGAGGAAGAAGUCGUACUCGAGUACGUGCGCAAGCAGAGUUUACUCGAGGAAGAGCACCGACGACGGAUGCUGGAAGCGGCUGGGAACGCCGGGUCGCAAGCGUAG